UUGUGUCGUGAACUCGUGAAUUAUUUCAUCGUAUUUUAUCUCAAAAUUAUUAGAUUAUUGACAGUAAAACCUAGUGAAAAUGUCGAAUCCGCCGCGUGAAACUAUCCAGAAGCAAAUCCAGCAGGACUGGGCUAACAGGGAAUACAUAGAAGUGAUUACUGGCAGUAUAAAGAAAAUCACAGAUUUCCUCAAUUCCUUCGAUAUGUCAUGUAGAUCACGACUGGCCACCUUGAAUGAAAAGCUCACAUCAUUAGAACGGAAGAUUGAUUACUUGGAAGCAUGUGUAACAAAAGGGGAAACACUGACAUAGUAGAUGAAAUUAUGAAGAUCCAUACAAAUAAUGUUAAGUCUCAAAUUAUAAGCAUUUUUACUUUAUUUACAUUAAAGUAUCAUCUAGAUUAAGGUUUAUUUAAACAAUACAAGUUACAUUUCUUACAAAAACAAUUACAUAAUUUAUUAUAAAAGAAAUGCAUUUUACAUUGUAAAGUUAGCUUUAUGUAACAAUAUUAUAAUAUUAAUACUCA